GAGAGAGAGAGAGAGAGAGAGAGAGAGAGAGACUGUUUAAACGUCAAUGCCCGUAUACGAUUCCUUGUCAGUCCACACACGCUGAUAUGAGCAACGCCAAGGAUUCCAUUAAUCAACUCGGCUUCACCGCGGUGGAUAUACACUGAUACAGCCGAACAGAUAGCAUCUACUUCAUUCUCACUCACACGGUUGCAGGUUGAGCAGGAAUUGCAUACACUAUUUUUCGUGGAUGGUAAUGCGGUACAUUCUCAUGGAUUUCCAAUGUUCUAGUGAUUGGACUCAAACCCGGGAAAAGUAAAAGGACAGGUGCGUGUUGAAGGAGCCCAGGUGUAGCAGCUGAGCCUGCGUUGGACAUGGGACCCUAUCUUAGCUUUGGGGAAUACAGUGCGGGAGGAAUAGCGUCUUCGUGAAGGAAAGCUGACUUCGGGCUGAAGCGGGAAUCUGAGGCACUGCGCGCGGCAGAAAAAUGCGUUCCAACCACGGCUUUAUCUUGCUUCUCCUUAACGGAACAGCGUGCUUGCUGGCCCUGGGUCAAGAAGAUGACUCUCCAAGCCCCAAGAGCUCCUCAGCAGACGGGUCGUCCUCUAAGACGGUGGGUCUCCUGGGGAGUCAGACUCCCCUUUCCCCCCUAAGUCGCUGGAUGCUCCAGAGUAAAAGUCGGGCAGCCAAUGCCACCUCCCUGGAGCUGCCCUACCGCUCACCCAUACCCUUCUCCAAGCAGGAGUUCUGGGAGAUGCUGGGUAGUGACCUGAUGAAGCCAGACACCUCCUCUUCCUCCCGCGUCAAACGCCGGCCCAUCGUCAAGACGGGCAAGUUCAAGAAGAUGUUUGGCUGGGGAGACUUUUACUCUAAUAUCAAGACGGUGCGCCUCAACCUGCUGAUUACCGGCAAGAUCGUAGACCAUGGCAACGGAACGUUCAGCGUCUACUUCCGCCACAACUCCACGGGCCAGGGCAACAUCUCAGUCAGCCUGGUGCCGCCGGUCAAGGCGGUGGAGUUUGACCUGGAGCGCCAGAGCGUGGUCUACCCCAAGGACUCUAAGAUCUUCAACUGCCGCGUGGACUAUGAGAAGGUGGACCGCAGCAAGCGCACGUCGCUGUGCAACUACGACCCGUCCAAGACCUGCUUCCAGGAGCAGACACAGAGCCAUGUCUCCUGGAUCUGUUCCAAGCCCUUCAAGGUCAUCUGUAUCUACAUCUCCUUCUACAGUACAGACUACCGCCUGGUCCAGAAGGUCUGCCCGGACUACAACUACCACAACGAGAUGCCCUACCUGCCCUCGGGCUAGAGGGGGAC